AUGUGUGGACCUGUCCCUGUCAUGGCUAUGGCAAGCUCCAGUGAUGGCCAGUCAGUUCAAGACUGGGAUGGCAAUUGGGAGGGGUGGCAGUGGCAGUGGCAGGCAACUGCCUCUGGUCAUUGGACAAAGGUGUGGACCAAGACUAAGGAGGCUGAGAAGGAUGUCGCUGAUAAAGAGCCAGAGUCAGAGGGAGAGGUAGAUAUCCCUAUGGAGCCAGCAGACACUGAUGGCACAGAGUCUGAAACCAGCUCCAAAGACUCAGGGCACCAAGACCUCAGGGACAUUGAGGACCUGAACAGCUACCAGUUGUCCAGAGACUUGUUCUGGGAGGCUGAGAAGAGAGUGAGGUUCUGCAAAGUUGCUAUGGCCAAGAGCAAGGGCAACUUGGCUGCCUACAAGGCUGUUUCUGAGAAGGAGCAGCAUGUGGCUGAGGGCCAGUUGGCUGCACCAGCCCUUUCAGAGUGCAUUGAGGUGGUUGCACCUGGGGAAGCUGGCCAGACAGGCCAGAAGGCAUUCACUUUGCCAUAUGGUGUGUGCACUUUGCCAGACUUACAGCAAAGGGCCUACAUCAACAAAGAUGGCAAAGCUGAAUGGGUUUGGGCCAGGGUGCACAGCUACUGCCAGAUCCAGAAGGAACCUGGCAGAAUGCUGAUGCACAGCAAAGAUGCACUCCUGAAAGAGCUGGGAGAGCUUCAGGUGCCUGAGGCUGGCCUCCAUUACAGGGGCAUGGACACACCAGCUGGUGAGUCUGACUGGAAGGACCACACUUUGGAAUCCUCAACUUUGCUUGGGGCCUUGGUGUACCUCUCCAAAUUGAGACAACUGAAGGAAAAUGCAAAAGUCAAAGCCAUGAAGCUCCUGUUGGAGCUGGCAGGGAAAGCCUUGCCAUUUGCCAACCUACAUGCUCCAAAGGCCUACUGGCCCCAUGGCAAGUGCCCAGCUCUUCUUCACACCCCAGGGCCUGACACAGGAUUGGGGCAAGUGAAAGGAAGGGGCCAACUGCUCUGGACUGCAAUUGGUUCCACUACCUUGCCUGAGCUGGUCUUUCACCUAGGCACCUGGCUGGAUGCCCUUGCUUUGGCCAUGAAGGAGGAGCCACUUCAGAUGCUCCCCAUUCUGAAGACCAAAGAAGGCAAUGCCAGGCUGCUGGCAGAUCCAGUGAACCGCAUGCUGCUUCUGUGGAAGCUUAGGAGAAGCAAGCAGCAUAGGUUGGAGAUAGCUGGCACACAUGGUGAUCUGGGUGGCAACACCAUCAGAAUGAUGAGGUAUGAAGCAUAUCUGGAUUGCCUUUUGCACAGCAAGGCCCUUGAGUAUGCUUUCAGUGGCUACAAGCAAGUCUGUGUCUCCUGGGACCCCAGCUCCUAUGGUGGCAAAGACAUUUUCAUUGGAUGCUUGUAUGUGCCACAGUGCAACCAAGCUGCAUACCUCAUGAGCCAGCAUUUGGGUGCCACCUACCUUGGAGAAUUGGAUGGGUCAUUGCUUGAGCUGGGCCAAGCCAGAAAACUCACCAGACUUGAGGGCUACAGGGAGGUCAAAGGCCUAAGCUCAUCACUGGAAGGUGUGGGGCUGUCCUUGAAGGACUUCUUUGUGCCUGAAGGACUGGUGCUCAGGCCUUUGGCUCCCCAUGAGCUCAGGAUUCAAGGUCCAGGUGGGAGAUGGUACAUCCAAAAUGAAAAGACUGGAGAGACCAAACCUGAAGCCCCAGAGGACUUUGAUUUUGGGGCUCUUCCUGCUCUCAUCUCCAUUUCAGACCAAGGGCCAGCAAACACAGCUGCACUCAACUACUUGAUGUUUAGCUCCAAGGCUUUGCUUCUGUGGUCCCUAUGGGACCCUUAUCACAGAGCUUGGAACGACCUCAAGUUGGCCCUCAAGCGCUGUGCUGGUGAUGGGUGGAGAACAGUGCUAGAACUCACCCUGGUUGCCAAUAUGAACUAUGGCCCAUUUGGAAGUGGCAGUUGGUUUUUCAAAAAGAAAGCCAAAUUGCAAGACUUCCUGAUGACCAGGGAUGUGAACAGUCCUGCCUGGAACAACUUCCAGCAUCUUAUUUGUCAAGAAAGAAGGGUUUCUGAACCCAGCAAUCUGGAAGAAGCACAGGAACUGUUCACUGAGAUGGCUAGCCUGCAAUCCUUCAACACCAAAGGCCCAUUGGUGAAGCUCAUGCGCUGGUUCUCAUUUUUCGAGUCAAUGGCAUUCCUGGAUGGUGAGUUUUAUAUGACUAAACUCAUCCUUCUCCAUGCUGCUGAGAAAGCAGAUGCUGGCUCAGAGGCAGAGAUUGAUGAGGGCUUGCCACAGGAAAAAGACCACAAGAAGGAGCUUGCAGAGCUGAAAAAACGCAAGGGCACAUGGAGGUUAGCCCCAAGCCUCAUCAAUGGCAAAUCCCUUUGCAUGAAGGACUGCAUCAUGGCCUGUGGGAAGGCAAUAUGGCAGAACUUCUCUGAGAGAGCAAGGGAGGUUUGCUCCCCCAUGCAGGUGAAGGAGCUGAACAUAGCAUGUGCUCAGAGCAGGUUCUGGGCUUGUGAGCUCUUGGACAUGUUGGAAUCUUCUUUGGAGGAGGAGAAAUGCCUGAAGCACCUCUUUCCAGAAUUCCAAGGGCAUGAAAGUGCCAUGACCUGGCAUUGUGACCUCUUGGCCAAGCUCCUGGAGACCAGGGCAAUGAGCUUGGCUGUCUUCUACCUGAUGCCACCCAGCCUCUACUGCCACCUGCUGUCCUAUGACCCUGAGGUGUCCAGGGAAGCACAUGACUUGGCGCGGAAGCAUUGGGGCAUGUUGCUAGCAGCUGAGGAGGCCCAUGCUGCUGGUGCAACAGUCAAGCCUUUGUCCAGCAUCUACUGGAGGUUCAGCCCACUCAUCAGGGCUUUGUUCAUGGCUUUUGAGGAAGAUGCCCGCAAGUGCCUAGUGUACACCACACAAAGUCAAGCCAUGAGAUUGCAGCUGCUCUUCACUCAGCACCUGGGAGAUUCCAGGCUGAUUGAGAACAUUCACCAACAUGGAAGAGAUCUUUGCAGGGCCAGCAAAUCCAAUUCCAUGUCGAAUGUGAGCAUUAUGGCCAAUGUCUUGAGAUGUGGUGUACUGGAGGGCAGGAAAGUCCCUAUGGUUGCUGCCAAGGAGAUCAUGAAGGCAACUGGCAUGGCCUGGCAUUCCAAGAACAAGGAGCCUGUGGUUCAAAAGUUGAGAACUCAUGGGAAGAAGCUGCCUGUGGAAUUGCAGCAGAUGAUGGCACCCAACAAAAAGGGCAAUGAGCAGUGGCCAUCUCCAAGCCCUGGCUCUUUGUUUGAAAGCUGUUGCUCCACAGACUGGCUCUUCCAUUACUUCUCAGACCAAGCUGCCACAGAUGCAGAUGUCAAUUCUGCAUGGCUUUGUUGCCUUGCCAGGCCAGGGGCCAUCUUGGCACAACAAUCCACUUCAUCAGUGGUCAUGGUCAUUGCUUCUGCAGAGUACAGCUUCUUGGGUGUGGCCAUGGAGGCCAAAGUGGGCUUGACAUUGGAAAGGACCUUCCACUGUGUUGUGAGGCGGGAUUCCAUUGGCUUCCACCACAUCACAGACUUGGAUGAUUGGUUGGAGUUGCAGGUGGAGCCUUGCCUCACCACAGCAGGAGGAACUAGGGGCCCCAUUGGUUGGCGGAAGAUUGCUGAGCCUCUCACCUUGGAUUUAGCUGCUUUGCUGAAAGGCAUCACCUUGACAUUUCUGCAGCUCAAGGAUUUGGUUGUGGCAUUGGGGGGCUCCAAGAAAGGCAUAGCUUCCAAGAAGGCUGCCAUAGAGCUCCUCAUCACCAUGGCCUUUGCUGCUGACAAAGUGGAAGAGGUGAAGGCAAUGUAUGCUGCUGAAGAGGAAGCCAGGGGUGAUGAGCAGAUGGACUCUGAUCUCUCUGAAUUGGUCUCUGAGCUUGGGCAAGAUGAUGCCAACACCCAAGACCUCAAAGACUUGAAGGAGAAGAAGCAGGCCUACAGACAAAAGAAAGCCCUCAAGAAGGCAGAGCAGCAGGUGCUGCUGCAGGGCAAGGAGAAGUCCAGGAAGGGCAGGGGCAAGGGCAAAGGAAAGGCCAAAGGAAAGGCCAAAGCCAAAGGAAAGGCACAGGCUAAGCCCAAGGAGGAAAAGCCCGAAACCUUCUUGGAAAGUGUCAUCAGGAGGGCCAAAAAGCUGGCUGCACAAAGGGACCAAGGAGCAAUGGCUGAGAUUGUCAAGCAGGAAAGGCAUGUGGAAAUGGAGGUGGCAAAGGAGAUGACUGAUGAUCCAGAACAGGUGAGAAAGGCUAAGGCUGCUCCUGCUGAGGAGGCUGAUGUUGACAUGAAUGAUAUAUUUGGAGAUGCUGUGCCAGAAGGCCCUGAUGCAGGUGCAGCACCUUCUUCUUCGUCUGGGCCUCAUCAAAGGGCCCCAAAGACUUACAAGUCACCUGAUGACAUCUUGGGCCUCCUGAACCCACCAGGCUGCAAAUUCACCUUGAGUGGCAUGGACCACAGGUUCAAGUCUGAGUGGGAGGAUGACCUCCCUGAACUGGAUCAUCCAUACAGCCAAAAGAGAUUCUCUGCAUCCUUUGCUAAAAGAAGAACUUGGCAGGAUGCCCUGAGCCUUGUGCAUGAGCGAAAUUGGCAGAAAUGGAACCUUGUGAAAGAUGAGUAUCUGCUGGGUGAAGGUGAGGAGCCACAGAAGCCUGGUGUGAUUCCACAGGAAUUGCAAGAUCUUUUGCAGGUGGAAAUUGCCAAGCUUGGGAAGCCAAAAACUUAUGCCAAGGGUGCUGCUGGAGAAGAUGACACCCAGAUGGCAGAGUGA